GUGAGAACCUGCUACUGCUUUUCCAUCGAGACAGCAGUUGUGGCGCGCUAGUAGUCUAGCUCUGCGAGAGUUUGAGGCGCUCUGUCUUUCUUUGAAAUACGACUGUUGAACGAAAUUAGGCUACUUCUAUGUCAAAAACGACAUGCUACCUUUAACUUUGAUUAAAUAACAGGAACGACUUUGCAAGUGAAAGUUCAUGGACUCACGGUGAUAUCUUUUGAGGCUUUGACGCUUGAACCACACGUGAAACAGUCGCCUAACAAGAAAGGAGCGCUGACGACCUCCUCUCCAUCUACCCUCUCUCUCUGCGACUCUCCCCCUCCCCCAAGAUGAGUGCCAAGUCAGCCAUCAACAAGGCGGUGUUCACGCCCCACGAUGAGAAGAUGCUUGCAGCCGUGCAGGUGAAGAGGAGGACCAAGAAGAAGAUCCCCUUCCUGGCUACUGGAGGACAGGGAGACUACAUGACCUUCAUCUGCCUCUCAGUGACGAAUAAGAAGCCUUCCCAUGUGUCCAUCACCAAGGUGAAGCAGUUCCCAGGCUCAUCGUCCUUCGCCAAGAGGUCAAUGUGGACCAUCGACCAGCUGAGACAGGUCAACGGCUGUGACCCCAACAAAGACUGUCCAGAGUUUGACUUGGCAUUUGACAAUGCCUUUGACCAGUGGGUGGCUGGCUCGGCCGGCGAAAAGUGCACCUUUAUCCAGAUCCUCCACCACACCUGCCAGCGCUACAGCUCUCAGAGCAAGCCAGAAUUUGUCAACUGUCAGUCCAAACUGCUGGGAGGUAACAGUAUACUCCACUCUGCAGCAGACAGUGUGACCAGUGCUGUACAGAAGGCCAGCCAGGCUCUGAACGAGCGAGGGGAGCGGUUAAGCCGGGCGGAGGAGAAAACAGGGGAGAUGAAGAACAGUGCUGAGCAGUUCUCAGUCACCGCACACAAGCUGGCCAUGAAGCACAAGUGUUAAACCAUUGCUAAGCCUUCGGGAGUAGGGGUCCGCCAAGAGCGCCAGACGCCAUUAAGGACGGAUUUCUGAUUUUAUUAUUCUUACAACUUUUAACAUGAUUACUCUUGUUAACAACGAUAACAUUUACAUUUUGUGUUGUUGUGUAGCUACCUUGUUUCUAAUGAAGAAUAUAUGAUGACGUGGAGGGGGGAGAGCUCAGACAGUUAAGAGCAAAAGUUUCACAGCUAACUCCUCUUUCACUGCCUCCAUUGCCCCCAAAGUACUCCAUGACUUUACCCUGGCAAACCAUGGAAAUGGUCACUGCCAUCCCCAACCUAGAGAAACACACACACACACACACACACACACUGUCCAGAUCUCCCCCCAAAAGGAGCAACUCUUCGACUCCGCUGUCUCUCUCAAAGUAACUUUAUAUAUACAGUGCUGGAAGAGGAGAAUUUAACAAGACAGAAGAGAUUGGAUGACGUGACACAUUCGUAUCACAUGAUGGCUAUUUCCUGUACUUGGCGACAACAAUGUACAUCCCUGUAUGUGAACAUUAACUUGUUAAAAAAUAUUAGAUCUCUUUUGCCAUUUGACUAUUUGGCAUCAUACUGUUGUAAAGGCUCAUUGGUGCAUUCAUUCAUUGCAGACAUAAUAUUAGCCAAAUGUGUGAAGGACAUGUUGCUUCAAGAAACUCCUGCUGGAAGACUAUAUUUCAACUAAGAUGGUAUGAAAUGUGCUGUUUUGCAAAAAAAAGUCUGAGUGACCAAGUGUUCAGGUGCAUGGUCUGUCAAAAGGUUGAAUGAAACCUACAGAGUAAAAACGAGCAUUUAGGCUUUACUUUUGGCAACAUUUCAAAGGGUUAUUGAAGCACUUGGUUGUAAGGACAAGAUCAGACUGUUUAUUGUAAGGUGAAAGACUACAGUACCAUUGUAAAUUAGCUUCAACUGUUGUUAACAAGCUUAUAAACCUGUAAAUUCAUUCUACCACAAUCUCUGAAAAUAAUAUUUUCAUUCUAACCCUUUUGAUUCCAAACUUGGUCACAUCUUGUAAUUAUUGUUUAAUUGGGGAUUAUUAAAUGUUUUCUGUAAAACAGCUGACUGACACGUCUUCACUAGCGGCAUUGUACAGUAUUGGUGUCCAUUCACUGACUGUGUAACCGUUGCUUCAUCACAAACAAGUAACCACCCACAGUGUGGGUAUGUUUAUUACUUUUAGAUUUUAGAUUCUAUAUGUCUUGCUGUUACAGUGACAACCUUACCUUGCAGAGCACUUAAGUUCUUAAUUCAAUUCUCGUUGCCUCAACUUCUAGUCUGCUUUAGUCCUAACAUUUUGGAUAUUCAUUGUUUUUAAUAAAAAUAUUGAAACUAA